GCUGAGUCCAGUCCGCAGACACUUCUCUCUGAGUUCGAAGCGUCGACCUUCUUCCAGAGGUGCCUGCACCGAGAAGAUAUGGCCGAGCCACUUAUCGCCCCGCUGGGAGCACCCGUUGGUGGUCUUCCUGGCCCAGAAGAUGAAAUGGACCCUAUGCAGAUGGAGAUGAUGCUCCAACAAGCAAUGUACGACCUCAUGCAGCGGCCCAUCAUACCUGACCCGUUGGUCUUCAUCUGUGCCGCGCUGUACCUGAUCAUCAUGAUGAUGUUUUUGAUUACUGGAGCCAUCUACUUCACCAGCCGCUUGAAGCCGCUGCCUCCACCUGCUCCUGCAGAAGAGACCGAGACAACGGUCGGAUUCACAGAGCCCCCGACAGAGGUGACUGAGGAAAUCAAGCCAUGGGCCGUUCCUUCCCCGGAUUCUAAUCCUUUCAUUUGCUUCGUUGGUCUCCAGUACAAGGACAACACCGACAUGAUAGCCGCUUUAGAAGCGGACUGCAAUUUUAUUGUAAUGAAAGAAGACUUUGACAAUUCUGGUGGCUCUCUUCGACUGGGCGGUAAAGCUAUGAAUGCGACUGCAGUUCUCGACGUUCUUCAGCGCGAAUACGGCAGCGAUCUGGCUAAAAUAGGCGUGGGUCUUCAGUGCUGCUCAAUAAUGUAUCAAGACCUCCAAGAACAGUUAUUUCACGGAAAUGGUGACUUCAGUGGGAGCUGCAAGUUUAAACUGGGCCUAAACACGGACAUUGCAGCUACAAAAGACUUCAUUGAGGCAAAUACCUACUGCAGCAAUAUAUUACUGGAGAUCGCGGAGGCCAACGAAGGAGACAUCACUCGCCUAGCACCUCUGCUGGACCUUGGCGACUACAUUCUGUACGCUCCCACUCCCAUGACAGCGGAAGCUCUCGCGCAGCGGCGUGCCACUCUUCUUCCAAACAACUUCCAGGGGCUUCCCGGCUCGCGAUCCAAAACUGCGGAGGAUGCAGAGAAGGCAAUCGUGGCAGCCAAGAAACAUAAAAAGGUUUGCGUCAUGUUUACCGUGGCAGCGUUCAACUCCAGUGGUGUCGGCAGCGCAGGCACAGGCCCGGACAACCAGCCGGCGACAAAUGUCGUGGCCGUUAACCAGUUCGAGGUAUGCCCACUAACAGGUCUUAUAUUCGACAGACCUUCCAUGUCGCUCUACCGAAAGGGCGGCUACAUGAUAAGCCAAGACAACGAGACAACAAUCGCUAAAAAGGUGAAGACAGUGCUGAAGAAACACGUCGACGUCUGCAUAGCAGCGUACGACGUACAGUUCGACACUUGCAAGGGUGUAAAAGAGCGACCUCUGACACACACCAUAGGCGCAGUCUUCAAGAAGAAUCUCCGGCGUCAAUAAAUGAUAGUUACAUAUUUUUUCAUCGCUUUUGUGUAGGUAAAGCUAU